UAUCAUAAAUUAAUAAUGCAAGAUAAAACUGUUCCACCAAUUAAGUUAAUAAUAAUUAAUGAAAAUUUUGCAAGAAUAAAACGUACAGAUCAAAAUAAUGAAGUAACUUCAACAACUACCAAUAUGUCAAGGAUAAGUGUUAAAGAUGAACAAGAUGAUCCUGAAAUCGAUGCAAUGGCUCUGAAAAUGAAAGAGAAUUAUCAAAAAAGUGCUUCAGCCGCAGCAAAACAGCAGAGUGCUUCUCCGGCCAAUGUUUAUAUAAACAGAGCUGGUAGGCCAGUUCCUGUGGCUAAUGCACCGAUUCCGCAAAAAGCUAUUCAAGAAAAAUUACCCAAAGAUUGUGAAGACGUAAUUAGCGUCAGAGGUAAAUUUUCCUGGAAACUAAUUGCAGGCUACCAUGUACCAUACAUUAUUCGUUUAAUUAAUGGUGAAGAAAUGAAGUAUGUAUCCGUACGGAUGGCUGAAACUCAGCUUCUUAGCAACUAUUUACAUUAUUUACAUGCAGAUAUUUAUACAUGUACAUCAGUGAGAAGUCACUUUAUUACUGAAUGUGAAGCAAAGUUAUUAAAUGAGAUUAAUCAAAAACAUACUGAUUAUAUUUACGGAAAAGAAAUAUUUCUUCCUGGCAAAGAUUAUAUUGUGCGCUUAGAAGAUGUUCACGAGUUUUAUACUUUCAUAGAAGUAUGUUAUAAAAAAUUGCUGUGCAAUAUUACUCCUGGUCGCAAAGAAAAAUGUGGUUUUAUUCGUAUUAACUCUGAAUCUGUUGUACCAUACUGCAUUAAAGAUAAUCAAAAAUAUGUUCCGCUAUUCUACUUUGAAGGUGAAACCGAAAACUUAAAGCAUCGUGCUGUAAAACUUGAAAAUUGGAAUUUGGCCUAUCUUAAGUUUUGUUGUAAAGUUCAGGGUAUCAGAAAUGAGUUAUUUGCUAGUGACUCUUGUACAGUGACUAGUCUCGAUGACAUUAAGAAUUACUUUCCACCUGAAACAAAUUUUGAGGAGUAUUGGCCAGCUAAAGUGGUUGAUACACAACUCCUUACAAAUCAAAAAUCUACCCAUGUUAAUCCACCAGGUUCCUGGAUCAGAGCCCCCCCUGAAUUACCUCCUACUGAAAAUACUAUUCCACACUCUAUGACAACACCAGGAUCAGUGAUGCCACAGAAUAUGCCAGUAAUGAUGAACACUUACCAAAACGGAUGGCCUCCAAAUCAAAUGGUUAAUUCAUAUAGCACUCCGGCUCAAUUCUCACAAACAACACGUGGCUAUUCUAUUGCGUCCAGAAAUCAAAGUAUAGCUGCCCAAUGCUAUAAUGCGGGUUCAACAAUGUCUCAAGGUAAUAAUUCAAUGAAUGGUGUGAGUCACAGUGUAGCACCACCACCCCCACCUCUAGUUCGUGGAAAUAAUACAGCACCAGUAAUAGGUAAUAAUGUGUCAUAUUCCAACGUGCCUAAUAGCCAAUGUAUGACAACCAUGUAUAAUGCAAUGGCUAAUAGCAAUGUGAUGUCGCAUUCAAAUUCAAUGCGACAAUUCUAUAGUCAACGUGGUGCUAUUAACAAUAGUCAAGCCCAACAACAGCAGCAACAACAACAACAACAACAACAAAUACUUACUACUCCUCAAACUCAGCAGCCAUAUAAUGGCCAACCGACUCAUGGUCGUAUAACCAACACUCAACAGCGCAAUGCUUUAAGGAGUAUUGCGCCAAUUGCAACUACUCCAGCUACUGAAAUCAUUGACUUAUCGUCUCCACCAUCUAGUCCUGUGCCUCCAGCUGUACAACAAGAGACUUCUCUCCGCCCUAACGUUGGAUGGGAAUUAACGAGAAUACCCGAACGGUCAUGGGCACAUGACUCAUCAAAUAAUGCUGCAUACAAGAUCCAAAAGGCAACACUCCAUGGAAGAAUGAUUCACUGCAUAAACGCUAAACCUUAUAUCUAUUCAGAUUUAAUGGUGACCUUGGAUGACCUAGUCCAAAUGGUGUUGCCUUCGUGCACUGUCCCAAGAUGCGCGCACGUUUUGCACAAAUACUUAAAAACGACACUAUUCAGUGGAAAUUCUGAACAGUUGGCCGUGUUGCGGGAAAACGGACGCCUCAGAUCGAUGUACCCGGAUGACACACCCAUGGCCAUGCUUCAAGAUAUCACCCACGUGUUGCCGCAGUUAAAAACAUUAGUAUCCAAGCAAGACGAACAAUUCAACAAUACCAAUCUGCGAGCGGACCGUCCAAGAGACAGCGCACCAGCUAGGAAUGGGCCGGGCACGGCGGAAGCCGACCCGACUGGCCGAAGCCGGCAGCGGGUAGUAGCAGCAGCAGCAGCGGUGGUGGUGGUGGCGGUGGCAGUGGCGUAGGCGGUGGUGGUGGUGGUGGUGGUGCAAUUUCCACCCCUGCAGCCGCAACUGGUUGGUAUUCACCGACCGCAGCCGAUAGUAAUGAUUGGCUUAACGCCGGUGCUGGUCCGUCGCAAUCGCCGCACCCGCAUCAUCCACCACCUCCAUACCCUCUGAUGCAAAACUCUUAUCAGAGCCGAAGCAAUUGGCCCCCGCCCCCGCCCUACAUGUAAGAACUACCACCACAACUAAGCAGCAUAGGUAAUCUGUAAGUCAACGAAAUGUACAUUGGUCGUCAUUCCCUACCACCUAUUUAACAUUUUAUGCUCUCGUUGUUCACAUAUUGUAUUUUCAUUGCUUGUAAUAAAUUGUUAUUAAUUAAAUUCCUGUUCAAUUGAGAUUAUGUUUUUGACUCGACCGACGACGAGAUUCUAAUUCUGAAAAUCAUUAUAUCAUAUUAUGCUUGGGUGUUUUGUUCCUAUAAAUAGUAUGUGUACAAACAUGUACAAACAAAAAUAAUAUUUAUCAACACGAUUUUGUUUCGUGUAUUAUUAACUAUUAUAAUAUUAUUAAUAUUAUAUAUUUAAAUGUUACUAUUAUUUUGGAUCUUUGUCAUUCUCCAUUAUUUCUUUGCAUUUAUUCAAAGUAUUU